CCCUCUCUCUCCUCAUAAUUCCACGCCCUAACGGAUACACAGACACCAGCAGAAGCAGUCUAGGGUAAUCUCAGCAGACACCUCGUCUUUCUACCAGCCAGUGGAUACAGCCACUCUGUACACUACACAAUCAUGUCUGACAAGCCAGACCUCACAGAAAUCGCCAAGUUUGACAAAACCAAGCUGAAGAAGACUGAGACAAAAGAGAAGAACCCUCUGCCCACCAAAGAGACUAUCGAGCAGGAGAGGAAAGGCGAUGCCACACCAUGACCUAAGAGACAAGGAGAAGACAAGCAUAAGACAUGUUAUUCUGACAUGGCAGAUAUUACAAUUCCUUUUUCUGUUUAAAGGGUGCUAUUUCCCCAUGUGAUGCAUGGUUACCAUGGCGAUUGGAGUCACUGAGGCCUAUGAAUGGGAGUGUAAUGAAACGGGAUGACUUGAGACAGGGUUUAAAAUAGAUAUUUUACCAAAUUCUGUUCAGUGGAUUUUUUUGUUAUUAUUUUUUAAUAAGGGUUUCUUCAUGAAAUAAAGACAAAUGAAAUGUAAAACAA